CCGGAAGUUUAAGAAAUGAAGUUCACAAAAUGAAAAAGACCGGCAACAAGAAAGGAAAUAAAAAAAAAAAAUUGUGUAGUGGUUAACUGGUAGUUAAUCUUCUUAUCCAAACCUGGAACACAAACUGGGACUACGUAGUUUUUGAGCUUAAAGUCAGAAUCACACUUUUCUGCUUUCAUUCAUUCAAAUUAUUUUUCUCCCAUCCAUGGACGCUCUUCUCAAAUCAAACUUUCCAAUAUUCUCCGCGAAUCCAAACUUCCUAUCCACAAAGCAUGUCAAACCCUUCAAGGUCUCCAUCAAAGCGCCACCACCAGACUUCGAUUUCAGAGCAGAUAUUUUAGCAGAAUCCACCGCCAAAAUCGGACGAACUUAUCCUCAGCUAGUGGACUUGGCGGAGAAUGGGACGUUGGUGUUGGUCGAGAAGCGGCAGUUCGGCCCUGUUCCUGCCUGGAGGACCGAGUUCGUUGAACCAGAGGCAAUAUGGCUGUUGGGUACAACUCACAUUUCGCCCGAAUCAGCCUCCGAUGUCGAGCGUGUUGUCACGGCUGUCAGGCCUGACAAUGUGGUGGUCGAACUCUGCAGAAGCAGGCGAGUUCUGAAUUGUUCUCUAUUUUGUAGGUUCAUUUUCAGAGCUGGGAUCAUGUACAUAUCCAGUGAUGUUGAAAAUGGGGAACAAUUACGAUCAAAUAUGUUUUCUUUGAGUGGGACUGGGUUUUUUGGUGCCGUUGGUCGUAGCAUAAACUUGGGGGGUCAAACUGCUCUGGCAUUGCGACUACUUUUGGCGCUUUUCUCUUCAAAACUAUCAUCUGAUCUCAACCGUCCUUUUGGAGAUGAGUUCCGAGCUGCUCGCAAAGCAUCUGAGGAAGUUGGUGCACAAAUAGUUUUGGGGGAUCGCCCGAUUGAGAUUACGCUUGAGAGGGCUUGGAAUUCUCUGAAGUGGAGUGAGAAAGUUAGUCUAGUGCUCUCAGUCAUUCGAGGGAUAACAUCACCAUCAUCUGAUAUAUCCAAAAAUGAUCUCUUGGAACAAAACUACGAAAAUGAUACCUUUCAGCUUUAUGAGAAUUUAAGCUUUUCAUAUCCCUCACUUCUUCAGCCUCUUGUACAUGAGCGAGACACUUAUCUUGCGUGGUCUCUUAAACGGAGUAAAGCAGUGAACAAGUGUAAAACAGUGGUGGGGGUGAUCGGAAAGGGGCACAUGAAUGGUGUUAUAUAUGCGUUAGUGUCGGACCAAGGGAACCUACGGUUCAGAGACCUUGCAGGGAAGACUCCCUCUGAAACUGAGUCUAAUGGCUGGGUUCAACGUCUUCUCAAAAGCUUGGUUAGCGACACUUUGAUUGGCAUCCUAUUAUGGGCAUUAUAUGAACAGAUUAAAGCAGCUGGUGUAUUAUUAUAGUAUAAUGUGAUUAAAGAAAUGAUUGAGAAAUGGAAUAAUAUAAAGAAAUUAAAGUCCAGUUUUUUACUUUAUUUAUACCUAGUUAUCCCAUUCAUUCUCGGCUUAA